UGCAGGAGGAGGAGAGACUGCUGAGGAGGAGACAGAGGGGACCCUGAGACAACACGUCCCACGCCAAAGCCAGACAGCAAGGGAACUUUGAUUUGACGCCGAGUAGCCUGCGAUGAAAAUGACGAUGAAGAGAACGAGCCACGUUUCUUCUCCCCACUCUUCUUCUCCUCGGGAGGCUUAGAUAUGUCGGGCGUGCGCAACAUAUGAUGUCCUUUGACUCGUAUGCUCAAUGAAGAUUUAUUUAUCUCCGAUUUCUCUCCUCGAUCCGCUGAUGGUGCCGUUUCGUUGUGCCUGCGCUUAGGUCAGCCGAAUGAAUUUGAAGGCAGUCUGAGCGCAUUGUAUUCCAGCUCCGUUGCAUAUGGGAUUUCCAGCCGUGAUGUCUGCUAUAUUUCGCUCUUUGUUUCUGGUUCUAUUCAGCCUGCUGUCAGUGGGUGCCCAGACGGAGAUGAAGAAGGUCGUUGGGGACAAUGCCACCUUACCGUGCCACCACCAGUUCCCAUCGUCCAGCUCUCUUGACAUCGAGUGGCUACUGCAGAAACCAAAUUCCAAACAGAGAGUGAUCAUUACCUUCUUCGGGGGGCAGGUGUACACCAAUGAGGCGACAGGCAGCGAGGCCAGCCGCCUGUCCUUUGCUGGGGAGUACCUGGGUGGAGACGCCUCCCUGCUGAUCAGUGACCUGCUGCUGACCGACUCCGGGGAGUACUACUGUAAAGUCAAGACUGGGGGAAAGUACCACUGGAGCCAGGUCAACCUCAUUGUGCUGGUCAAGCCUUCCAAGCCGAGGUGCUGGAUGGAUGGAAAACUCCAAGAGGGCACUGAUGUCAAGCUGAGCUGUAAAUCCAGCGAUGGUUCAGACCCCAUUAGCUACAAGUGGGAACGAGUGCUGGACAAAGGCAAGAGUCUGGGCAAACUGCCAAACCUGGCACUGAUAGAUCUCAAGAACCCAGAGAUCGUGACCCUGAGGAAUCUCACCAUGGACAGCACUGGUGUCUACAGGUGCACAGCGAGCAAUGACGUUGGGGAGGAAAACUGCACCAUCGAGGUCACAAUGCAGUUGGUGAAGGAUGUCGGGAAGGUAGCAGGCGCAGUGGUGGGAGUAUCCCUCGGUGUCCUCUUUGUCAUAUCAACCAUCUGGGUCGUCUUCCAGAAGAAAGAGAAAAAGAAGUACGAAGAGGAGGAGACUCCAAAUGAGAUCAGGGAGGAUGCGGAGGCUCCCAAGGCCAAGCUAGUGAAGCCCAACUCGCUGUCCUCAUCCCGCUCCGGCAGCUCUCGCUCCGGUGCCUCCUCCACCCAGUCCAUGGUGCACAAUAGUGCCCAGCGUGGCCACCGCCCACGUCCACCUGCUGUGGCAGCUCUCAAGGAAAAUGGACAGCCUCCAGGCUUCCCCCAGUCCCCUCCAGCCUACACUUCAGUGGUGCCCCCCAAGACCCCCGAGCCCCCUGCCACUCCCAAAUUCAACUCCAGGAACAUCUCUGGGCCCACACCCCCAACCCUCAUGGUCCCCGCCCAGACCAAGGCCUUUCAGACUGUGUAAGACUGAAAGCCAACGCCUUUCCUGCAGCCAUGUGAGACUCCCAUCCCUGCCUAAGCCCCCCUAAAGACUAAGACUCUUCCAUAACAAAGAAAUGCAACUAGUAAAAAGGAUGUAAUUAAAAGAAUCAAUACUAUAAGUCCAAAAGUACUUUUAAUGAAUGCAUACUUAAAAAGGGAAAAUAAGACAUGCUUGCCCCCUACUGAAUUACAUAAAACAACAAAGCAAAAGAAAAAGCAGAGACCCGAGAUGCAACACUGUUUGUGUCUCACGGCUGAAGGCAGAGCUUUUUUUCUGAGUUCCUUCUUUUGGCUUUGGAAGGCACAGAGAAGCACCCUGUGCAGUGAGGUGGAAGAGGCCCCCUGGUAGAGCUUUUAUUUAUUUAUCAAAUCAAAGGGUUAGGCAUGCAGUAGAGAAAAGGAGUGGAAAAAGGAAAACAGUAAAGGCAGGAUAAUAAAGUAAAUCCAAACUCUGAGCCAGGCACCAACGGAAUCAUACUUCUGUUGAGCAUCAGCUGUAGGAGAUGAAUCGAAGCAGGAUGGGAACAAGGAGGAAGUGCAAAAGUGUAUGACAGCGACUGAUUUUUCUUUUUUCUCUUGGAGGACAGGGGGCUCGGGGUGAUUCUCUGAUUCAUGUCACCCUGCACCUCUGACUUGCUGCUUCCAGCACCUGCUCUGAAACCACAAACCCCCCUUUGCCUCUCGUGGGCUGGGCCGAGUGUGCCCAUCCAUGUGGACAGACACAGCGCGCGGCAUGUGCAUCAUCUGCCUCAGCGCUCUCGGUCUUUCGUGCUAUCAUAAGGAGCCCACGAGAAACCGCGGCGGUCCUGAGACUGACUCAGCUGGCUCACACUCAGCUCAUAUGCUUUACCAAUCAGCAGGGGAAACUUCAGGUACAAGGAUGUAGCAUUGACUGUGGAGUCAAAUCAAUGGAGUUGCUACCACCCCCCCCCCCCCCUCCCUUCCCACAUCCUGUCUUCAUCUAUGGACAUCCUUUUCUGGUACUGAAUAUCCUCCCUGAAUAAUUAAAUAGUAUUUAUUAGGCCUAUAGCGAUACGUUAAAUAUAGGGGAUAAGCAUCUAUUAGACCAGCUGGACUUGUUUUUCUUUUGUCUCUGCUCUCCUGUGUCUCUUCUCUCUGAACAGGUUGUAAAGGGUGACAGACAGCCAUUUGUCCAUUCAUCCAUGUUAAGAAGUGCCACCAAUCCCUAGGAUGGGUUAUUAUUGUUGCUCUUUUAAACUCUGUUUUUUGUUGUUGUUUACCUGUGACAUUUCUGAACUGAAACCAAAAUCUGUCACCAUGAAUGUGUGAUGUACAAAGAUGGUGGAUCCCAUUAUUUUCAGCCUCCUACAAGGUACUAAGUGAAUAUUCAAGCUAAGGCACAAAGAAUUGACCUUGACGUUCAGUUUCACAAAUACUAAGUCUGAAUGAGGAGAGCUAGGAGUAUGAUUCCAGAGACUUCACUUGUAUAGGGUAUGUAUGGUAUCAUUGUCGGUACUCUCCUUGGGUCCACAACAAUGGUGUGGCACUUGAUUGCUGUCUCGCUGAACCUGGUCCUGCUUGGUUAUUGGUCGAGCUGCGCUAUCAGCCAGUCCCCUCUUUUGUCGUAUCCUCAGACAGACCCAGUGCAGUUUGAUUGAAAGUAGCUGAAAAAAAAGGGCAAGUAGCCUAUCUAGUGUGCCUUUGCAAUCCCUCUUCCCUUUGAUGGUUUCUUUCUUUGUCCUUUAUCUUCAGCACACCAGUGGUAAAGUCUCUGCUCACAUCCAGCUUUGAGGGUCAACAGCAGCAAAUACUGAGCGGUACAACUUCACAAAGUCGCCCUAGUAAUAACAGAUGCAGCCUAGGGAGCACCAAGCAGCGCAAACUAUCCAUGGUGAGAAAGCAAUCUCAUGCCACGGGACAAUGUACUGUACAUUCUGUAAUCAGUCUUGUUUUAUAUUGUACAUACAGAUAGAUAUAUGCACAUGAUGUCAUUUAAUUUAAUAAAUAAGGGUAUGUGAGGGGAGGUUUCCCCCUUACAAAAGAGUCAAAUGGGAAACCCAGCGUGAAUUUAAACCAAGUGUUUCUUAUACGCAUGCUGUGCCCCAAGUGUCAACUUCAUGUGAAACAAACAUUAUAUAUAAUGGAAGGUGCAGGUGUGGAGUUAAAUCCUAAUAUCUGGACUAAAGCAUGCUAUCGUCUACUACUGGCCAGAUUCCCAUGAGAUAUAUGGAUUUUAUUGAUCCCCAGGUCAAUAAUAUCCUUUGAUUUUAGUGACACUUUGACCUUCGAUAAAGCAGCCCCACUGGCUUGAACUAUUCGCCUUUUUUCAUGAAAGUAUAAUCUGAGUGUAGCAUGCAUAGUUAACACACGGUGAAUAUUUUGGCAAAUCCCCUGAGCUAAAUUUUCUGCUUGUGCACAACAUAUGUUAAAACCAAAUGUUUUUAUUCUAUGACCCUGUGACCUUUACUCUCAGGACAAAUUUUACAAUUGAAACUCUUCUACUGGUUAAAAUAGUAGUAAAUAUUAAACAGAGUACGUCCACCACUUUCAUACUGUAGCUUGCUAAGAACACUUUUCUUCUCCCUUUAGUCGUAUUUCACUUAUAAAUAGGAAUUUCCCCCACUAGCGUAGAAUAUUUCCAAAGUAAUUUAAUCUCAAGUGUUUUGAAAACCAGCAUCUGUCUGAAAAGCACAUGUGGUUUGAUUUCACACGUGGGAUUUCACACGUGACUUAACUGUAAGGGAAAUUUAGAAAAUUAUGCCUUUUAUAUUCAACUAGAGACAGCAGUUCAUAAUUGACCAGGGAAGCUACUCAGAGAGUGUGUGUGUAUGUGUGUGCGUGUGUGUGUCUGUGUGUGCGUGCUUGCGUGCAUGCAUGCAUGCCUGUGAACGUGUAUGAGUGUGUAUGUGUGGGUGUGUGCAUGUAAAUUCAAUAUAAGCCCUUGGGCCACACCCACACAUUCUCAUGUUAGCCAUUCACUGAGUGAGAAGGAUCCAGUCAGGCAAAGUAACCUCUAUCCAAAUUGAUAUGACUGCAGCCUGGCAGUGUUUAUUUUAGUUUUCACUGACUUAUAUGCCUAUUGAACUUGGCUUCACCGGAAGCAGUCAUGUUUUUGCUUGUGGGGAUGGCGUCUUGAAACAAAGCACGUCCAUAAUUCAUAACUAUCAUCAGCUGUGGAGGCCACUUGUAUGCUCUCUCCCUGCUCUUGCUGUCUCUUAACAUAGAAUGCACUUGGCCCUGAUGGCAUCUCAAGGUGCGCACACACUCCAAAACAGGUAAAAGUUGUAUAUACACACACUGACACACACACAUACUGUAUGAACAGGUGCACGCAGAAACGCAAGUGUGUGCGCUUCAUGUACAUUCACAGUUGCAUACGGCCUCACAAACACACACGUACAGUUUGCACAAGCAAAACCCCAAACAGCACUCCUUGUUAUUUCCGCUCUUUCAGAAUCAAUUUGAUGGAUCGAAUGUCUGGACGUAUUACGACUGACUGAUGGAACCUGGAGACUAAAUGUAGCACAGAAAGGGACACUCUACACUGCAUUACCCAGGGGACGUCUGCACACACACACACAAACACACACAUAUAUACAAAAACAACUACAACACACACACUUGCAUGAAAAAGCACUCGGGAAGACAGACACUGCUAUGCAUCUUAACAAUCUGGAUAGCAUAUGCCUAAAGACUUUUUUCAUUGGAAUCUGCAGGAGUAGUACUGGGAAUCAGGAGAGUAUAACAGGAUUGAUACUGAGCCAGGGCUGUAGGCUCCUGCCAUUGAAAUUCCCUCCACCACAGAUGAAAGUAGCAGUGGAGGUGGAGGAUGGGUUGCAAGUCUUCCAGCUGUUAAAUUCCUCCAAGCUUUUUGAUUUGCUUUCCAGCAUCUGCAAGUCUCAGGUGGCAGAUUCCCCAGUUUAUGAGCCCUCGCGUUGCAUCGCUCCUCUCAUGUGUGCAGCUUUGUGGCCCGACAAACUUGUGCUCUUUCCAACAAAUGAAUUUUAAGGCGCUUUUGUCAGUUCAGUAGACUGGAGGAGGAAAGUCUUAACACACCUCAGUGUCAGCAGCACAUCCAGUAUCAUCCUUUGAAACAGUAUCCAUCAGCACUAUAUAUUGUCUUAUUAUCAACACUCAAAGGUGCAGUAAAAUCAUUAAUGGUUAUCCUGCGUUAUAUAAUAGGAGUAUGAAUCUCAUGUAGCCACAGUGUUUUAUGUUCUAUUAAGCAGUUUUAUUUCUGAUUAAAGCUGUUGAGCAGGGCAAAGCGAUGCUCCGCCUUUGUGGUUUGGCCUUGUAUGUCAGUAUAAGGGAAUGUGACGCAUUAUUACUUGUAAAAGAGGAGAUGGAUGGGGCUAAAUAUAACCUCAAGAAGGAAAGGAAGUAAGGAAGAAAGCAAAGGUACCUGCAUGUCAUAGGAGAUUGAGCAGAUGAACGGGAAUGCUUUGCUUUGAUGUAACAUAACUGUAAUCGGCUAAAAAAAAAAAAAAAAAAAAAAAAACUUUUAAAAAAGAAAGAAAAACCUAAAAUUGUAAAUAUAUCCACAGAAAAAUUUUAUGAAGCUUUAUUUUUGUCUUCUUAAUUUUGAAUUUUUUAUCCAUGUACUUCGCACUUUCUUUGUGUGCUAUGCUCAUCACCGGCCUGUGUGGGAUCUGUGUGGUUGGCUGUUUCUCUUGACUGCAUUGUUCCGAUGUCAGAGGGAGACAUGCUCAGCAUGGCGGUACUAAACGGAAAUGUAAGACACCUUUGUUUUCUUUUCUCUCAUCUGUUUUUUCUGACGUGGCUUCUCUUUGGUUUUGUAAAACGGUAUCGAAUUUUUUGGUUUGUUUGUUUGAUGAAAACAAUCCAUGUAAAUAUCACAAGUAAAAAAAAUGUAUAUUUUUACGAUCUCUGAGUUAUUACUCUUUCAUUUGCAAAUAAAAUAUUCAAUGACAACUUAA